AUGGAAUUGAAUCAGGUUUUAGAAAAGAAAGAAGAGAUUUCGCAAUAUCUGAGUAAUCUAGUCGGACUGCACGAAAAGGCAUUGUCUGACGUUAACUCUGCCUCUCAAGUGACAAGUAUUCGAAAAGAUAUCGCUAUUUGUCUCAAUGAUCUGUGCAGAAUCAACGAUCUCUUGGUAUCUCAUGAUGGGCUCUUGAGGAGGGAGAUUGAAUCUUUGUUCCGAGACAAGGAGGAUCUAUUAGACUUGAACGAAAGAGAGCAGCUUCUUUGCAAGGAACGGAAAUCAUGGCAUAUCGAACGAGCAGUGGACACCGCACAGGUGGACUAUAUCAUAGAUAAGAAUGCCAUCAUUUCCAUUUCAUCACACUACCGGACAUCAUUGAACAAGUAUAUUGAAUCGGUGGGAGCAGAAAAUACAAUUUUAUCAUAUACGGAUGAUGUAGAUCCCAGAACAGAAGAAACGCAAAACACGGGAUCCUCUGCAGAUCAGAUGAUGUAUAAUUACAAACUGCUGCAGUUAUCUCAUAAACAGGCCAGAUCGGAAAUAAUGAAGCUAGAAAAUUUAUUAAGGGACUUUAAAAAGGAUGAUAAAUUCAUCGAAGAGGAAUUGAAAAAACAAUCUGGGCGAAUACGCUCUAAGAUAAGUAGCAUCGAUUUGCAUUUAUCCAAGAUCGAAGAGUCCAAGAUUCGAUUGAUGAAGAGGAUAGGAUUCGAGUCGCCCUUGACACAAGAAAAAUCGUUAUCAGAAAAACUGUUCAAUUUGAGAUUGUCAGACACUGAUGAAAACCACAGCGAAAGAGAAAUUAUCAGUAGGAAGAAUUUCGUUCACAUGAAGGAUCUCAUCGAAUUGAAGAUUGAUAAUUUACAGGAUCAGCUAACCAAAAAUAAAAAUGAAUCUUCCGCUUUGGUAGCACAACGUGAUUUAUGGCUAGACUGUCAAGGAAGAGUCGGAGAUUUGGAGAACAAACUUAUAACUAAACUCCAGAAUAGCAGCAACUCUAAUAUCUCUCCCAACGAAAUGACCGAGAUGAUCAAAUCUACAAUACAAUACCUCAAUUGCCUUCUCGAAUCACCCGAUGGAAAGCUCACAACAACUUUGAUAACCAACGAAAGAGAUGUACUUCUGAAGGCUUGUGAAGAAUUAAACUCAGAGAAUGCAACAACUACUCACGGCAAUCGCGGCGCUACACCUCCCAAACCAAUUGAUAUGUACGAAACUCAUAAGGAUUCAAAUGCAAGUUCAAGUCUAAAACAACCCGCAAGUCCCCCUUUCUUGGUUGCGAGUAAGUCGCCGCCAAAAAUUGGUAUUUCUGAAAGUAUAAUUAAAGCUAGUAAAAAUGGCUCCAUAUCUAAGAAGGUUGAUUGA